AUGAUGCCUAAACCUAGAAUUAUUAAAGCAGCAAUCCUUAUUGGGGGACCUGCGAAAGGGACCCGUUUUCGCCCUCUAUCACUAGAGCUUCCUAAACCUCUCUUUCCAAUUGCUGGUUACCCAAUGGUCUACCACCAUAUCGAAGCAUUUUCAAAGGUAUCAAAUCUGAAAGAAAUUAUCCUUAUUGGAUUUUAUCAACCAAAUGAUACCUUAUCCCGCCUCAUUUAUGACGCCGAAAAGGAAUUCGGUAUCCAUAUACGGUACCUGCAAGAAUUCACUUCGCUUGGCACAGCAGGUGGAAUAUUUCAAUUUCGAGACCAAAUAACUGCAGGUGGUUUGGAUCUCCUCUUUGUCAUGAAUGCUGACGUCUGUUGUGACGCCCCACUUCAAGAGAUGGUGUGCUUUCACGAUGGUCUUGGGUCUGGUGAUCGUUUCGUUAUCCUCUCGACAGAAGCUACUCGUGAACAGUCAAUGGAAUUUGGCUGCCUUGUGACAAAUCCAGCGACCAAUGAGGUAAACCUCACUCUCGCGUCAAAGCUGUCUUUGUUCCUCCUUCUAAUUCGACCUUUUCCUGUCCUUUCUCAGGUGACCCAUUAUGUCGAGAAGCCGGACACGUUUAUCAGUGUCCAAAUCAACUGCGGUAUCUACCUCUUCACGCCGAGCAUCUUUAAAUUCAUCCGUGUGGCCUUUUUGGAGCACCAGAAUCACCAAGCCACCGACCUUCGAUGCAACUGCAAGGAGAGCAUUCAGCUGGAAACGGAGAUAUUUCAGCCGCUUGCCGGCAGUGGAACCCUCUACGCCUACCACACCGAGCGCUUUUGGAGUCAAAUCAAGCACACUGGGGCGGUGAUUUACGCAAACCGUCAGAUGCUGGCCAUGUAUCACCGCACCCACCCACAGCGCCUCGCGUCGCACGUCGAGGCGGCAAGCGGCGACGAGGUAACCUCGCCACGCAUAAUCGGCGACGUCCACCUCCACUCAACCGCACGUAUUGACCCCUCGGCGGUGAUUGGUCCGAAUGUGAGCGUGGGUGCGGGCGCCGUGAUCGGCGAGGGUGUGCGCCUGCGCGACUGCAUUGUCCUCGGCAACGCCGAGAUCCAGGCGCAUGCGUGCUGCCUCAACUGCGUCAUCGGGUGGAACGCGGUGGUGGGCCAGUGGGCUCGAGUUGAGGGCACCGCACCCUACGGUCCCAAUCCCAACACCCCCUUCACCAAACUCGAAGUCGUCUCGGUGUUCAACGCCAAGGGACAGCUCAAUCCCUCCAUCACUGUCAUUGGCUCGAAUGUGGCCGUGCCCGCCGAGGUCAUCGUUCUCAAUUCGAUAGUUUUGCCGCAUAAGGCGUUAACGAGGAGUGUAAGGAAUCAAAUUAUUCUCUGA